UCAGUAACGAAACACUGGUCGGAGCGCGCUUUAGUGUCCCGUGGAUUCAGCUGGUACGAAUUCGACUUCAGCAAGUUGACCGGCGAGGAACAGGCGCGAUUGGGAUAUAUCCCACUUAAAACAGUAAACGCUACGUUCGGUCGGGUCAAGCGCCAGAUGGGCGAGCCAUGGCUUGAAAUGGACGACGACGCCGCAUCCACGACAACAGCGUCAAACGUCGACGCAUCCAACACAACCACGGCGACCACAUCCGGAUCAACGGUGAGCGAAAUCGCAUCAACGACACCGGCACAGGACGUCACAACCGCUGCAUCCGAGGCGACAACCACCACGGCAGAAGUUACAACCACCGCACCCGAAACCACAACCACGGUUCAAGACACCACAACCACCGCUGUCACGGAGGCGACCAUCACCGAGACUGCAACUACAGAAGCCAGUACGACGAUGGCUACUGAAACCACUACGAUGGGGACUACAGAUGCGCAGAGCUCCACUGCCACUACAGGGAUGACGACUGGUGAGACCACGGAAAUGCCGGUCAAGCCCACUGCGCUGGUGACGGAUGCUUCCAUGGCCACCACUGCCACAUCCGUGGAUACCUUCUCGACGACGUUGCCCACGUCCACUACACUGCCGAUCGUGGUUCCGGUGACCCAGGCGCCUGUUCAGAUGAUAUUGUACCCAGCGGCGGAUGGUUUUGGUGGUUACUCUUUGGUAUCUGUCCCUGUCCAAGCCGUAGCUGGCGGCGUCAAUCCCGGCAUCGGAGUGGGAACCGUUCGAGGGUCGCAAGCCCCGCUGACUGCCAUCGCCUAUCCGGGCGGCAUGUUUACCAGCGGCAGUGGUCUCGGGGCAAAUUCAAUGGCCGGCUCCGUUUCGCCCAGCAUGAUUCCGGGAUCGGGACUUGCAGUUCCACCUGGCCUGGCGCAUGGCCUCUUGGGUCCGGGACCUUUCAAAGCGGCCAAACGGCAUCUGGGCGAACCUUCUGGGUGUCCCGGCCCGUGCGGGAAGUGUGCCAGCUCGUGCCGGUCGAACUGAUCUCGGCGCCAGUGCGGAAGACGAAAGCGAUGAUCAGGAUGUCGAUGACGAUGACACCAUUGUGGUUGCGGGAAACGGCACCUCGACGACCUCUCCUCCCAUUAAUGCUAUUUCAAAAGAAAACAGCGCGCUGAUUGCCGGUACCUCACCCCAGGACUGCCAUGAUAAAUGCCACACGACGGGCAAUCAAGCCAUCUGCCAGAUGAUUUGCGCUUCGAAAGGGGACAACAAAAACAACUUCGGAAGCUUUGUUACUUGGAGCAAGGCCUUUUAAAAAUUUUAGGUUGUUUUCUAGUUUAAAUAGUUUUGCCGCUGGUACGGCAAAUGGGAGUGACUAAAAUUUUUAUUUUUGAUCUUUUAUCAGGAUAUUUCAGUAUUAUUUAUUAGUGCUCAACAGGCUGGCCGCUGUUUAAUGCCACUGAUUAAACCGUGUUCGUAUUUUGCGCUGUAUGUAUUUUACAUUGCGUGUUGUAUCUGUACCCGUAACAUUUACGUUACUGACAAGUUUUUUUU